UCUCUAAAUCGAAUCCUGUAUCGUCCUGAUUCCACUUGCUAUCGAGAAUUCUUAUAAACCUCGUAGCUAUAACAAUGGAUUCGUAUUACGUCGGGUUUUUGGACAGUGACGAGCCACACUUUCUAGAAUCUUGCUCUCGUUGUCGCAAAACCCUUUCUCUCAACUCAGACAUUUUCAUGUACAGAGGGGACAUGGCAUUCUGUAGCCAAGAGUGUAGGCAAGAGCAGAUUGAGUCUGAUGAAACUAAAUCCAAGAGGUGGAGAAAAACGUCAUCCUCCAGAUCAUCAUCUCUCCGUAAAUCGUCCGAUUCGAAAGAUUCCGCCGCCGGCGAAACCGUACGGACAAAGAGUCUUGUCAUGGCUUAGUUAUUUACAUCUUCAUCUGACCUUUGUAAAUUGGAUGUGGAGGUUAAUAAACAAAGAGUGGAAGGUAGGAAACGGAGAGGCCAAAGUAAAUUAGUAUUGGUUGUGAAGUUUUGUUAUAUCUCUGCCUAUAUUUUUGGUUCUGGUUUUUACCACGAGAAAAGGGAAUGAUCUCUGUUUGUGCUUCUUGAUUCAGUUUCGAUAGAAAAAAAUAAUUAAUGUUAAGUGUUCGAAAUUUAU